UGAUAGCGGACGUUCUAUUUGGCAAGCAGCAAGUAAGGAUAAAAAAGCUAUAAAAAUGGCAGCUCAAUUUACAGCACAAGGUGGUAUACCCAUUACACCAGCAUUGGCUAUGGAACUCCGACAAUUAGUAUUUGGUACUUCGGCUAUUCCCAUGCGCGCUGAAUGGACUCAGACUCCUUUUUUGUUUGGUUCGCCCAAGGAUGAAUAUGCCUAUGGUCUUAGAUCUCAACGCAAUGCCACCAGAGGCCUUUUGUCUGUGGUCCAGGGCUUUGUUUUGAAGAAUCUGUUGUUUGGUCGCAAGACCACCAGAGCUGCAGCCUUGGCAGAUCCUUUGUCGCCCACUGUGGAUAUGCAAAGAGAUGCCCUGGUUUCAGCUUUAAUAGAAAUUUUGCGUAUUAUUGCCGAUAAGGGUAAAGUGGUGGUGGUCUUACCCUCACCGGAUGAGUGUUUUGUGGACCAUAGUGCUUUGUAUUUUCAUGAUGGUGUUACCGAAAAGCUCUACCUUUUCACCCUAAAUCAUAGUGAUGAAUUGGAGUUUUUCAUUAAAAGGAAUUAUAAAGUGUUUACAGCAGAAGAUUCUCCCGGAACAUUGCUGUUCUUAUAUAGUGCAGUUCUUACACGAACCAUGGGAAGGGUUCGUAGUGAUUUGGAUUCUACCAAAACUGUGCCGCUGACUAUGACAAACAAUGAAGAGGGAUCCCUAAUGAUUGUAACCCUUUUGCUAACCGGUCGAGCCACACCCUACAUACACAAUGGUGUCAUAAAUGUGGGCGAUGAAAGUAGCUAUGCCGUACCGCAAUAUGGAGUUUUAAGUCGCUGUGUCAUAGGCCUAUUGCUGUGGGAAAAUGAAGCUGGACAGAACUCUUUGGUGGUGCGGCAGCCUGGCUCUCGUUUGAAAACUCCCAAUUACCCUAUUUGGAUAACUUUGUGUGCAGGUCACUAUGGAGUUAUGUUUAAUCGCAAUGCUGAUCUCUUAAGAAAUUAUCAUGCCGAGUCCCGUUUUGAUUUGUACUACUACAGUUGUUCCGGUCGUGAGAUUAUUUUCUCCAUAGAUAAUCGUUCAUACAAUGAUCAAGCCUUGGGCAUGUUGGAACGUCAAAUGUCUUCAACGGAAAGCACUUCGCUAUCGGGUAAACCCAAAGAUGACAUUGGCAAAGAAGAAGUUAAAGAAGAGUUGGCUGUGAAUACGCCGCUGCAAAAGUUGAUACACACCAAAUGGGAAGAGGCACAGGUGCGUUUUCAGGCACAACCCUCAACUUUGAGUUAUUUAUUCAGUACUCAACAGUAAAAAGGAUGGUUGCUAAAUGACA